AUGCGUACUGAGCAGGAGGGCGACGAGGACGACGAGGACUUUUGGCGAGCAAUCGAUUUGGCAGAACAGCAGCAACCUCAUCAGGAACCACCACGACAAAAUCUUCAAGAAAUCAAUGAUUCAGAUGAUUGGGAAGACGACUGGGAGGAUGAUCAAGGCAUCGCAACCAAGUCCAACUGUCCUAGUCCUCCUCGGGACGUAGAUAUUACUACAUGUUGA